UGGCACUUGACAAUGAUCACUUGGACACUGACGUUCCUCAUGUAGAGUAACGCCCAUCGAUAAUUAUUAAAAUCUUCUAUAUUUCCUUCGUCGCGAAUUUGGUCCGCGUUAUUUUUUAGGAUUCUGUUUUUAUUUUUUUCUCAAAAUGAAAUUAUUUGUUGUUAAUUUCCUUGGGAUUAUGAUUAUUGCUGCUAAUUUGGCCGGUUGGAGUGAAGGGAUAUUUUUAAAUGAUUACUGUGAAGAUUUUAAAAUUGAUAAAAAUAUUGAUUUGAGUGAUAAAAUAAUUGUUUUGACUGGAGCGACCUCUGGGAUUGGGUUAGAAACUGCUAGAUUUCUUUAUCAGAGAGGUGCAAAAGUAAUAAUACCAUCACGUAAUAUCACCAAAGCUCAACGAGCCGUUGAAGAUAUUAAAAAAUCAAAUAACCCAACCGCCGAUCUCAUAAUUUACCAAUUAGACCUAAAUAAUUUCGAAAGUGUCCGCAACUGUGCGGAAAAAAUAGUCAAUGACUAUGAAAAAAUCGAUAUAUUGAUAAACAACGCUGGUAUCGUCGUUGAUAAAUUUAUGAAAUCAAUUGACGGAUACGAAACUCAUUUGCAGACCAAUUAUUUGUCGCCAUUUCUAUUCACAUUAUUAUUGUUGCCUGCUCUAGCAAAAUCUAAUGAAGCGCGAAUUAUUAAUUUGACUUCGCUCUCACAUUAUAUUGGAGUCAUAAAUUUUGACGAUUUGAAUACAGAAAAUCCAUUCAGUACAGUAUUUGCGUACUCGCAAAGUAAAUUAUCGAUUUCGUUGUUCACACAAGAGUUAACACGUAAAUUACAAAAAAAUAAUUUAACGAAUAUCCACGUCUACGAUGUCGAUCCAUCUCUUGUGAAAACUGAACUUUUGGAUAAAUUUUUCCCAUCUUCAUUGACCGCUCUAAUAGAGCCAAUUUUAAAAAAUAACAAACAAGGUGCUGGUACUACUAUCUACUGUGCCACCAGUCCACUAGUUGCUCAUCAAACCGGUCUUUAUUACAUUAACUGUGACGUUACAACACCGGCACUACGAGCAAUGAGUCCAAGUUUAGCUGAAAAAUUAUGGAACAAAACUAUAGAACUAAUAAAUUAUUCUUCGCCAUUGUUAUCAUUAAAAUAAAUUAAACUAUGUAAAGUACAAAUUCUUAGUAGGGAUAGAAGUAGGUAGUGGGGUUAUUACUCUAGUAAGGGAAACUUGUAGUUAGACGUUACCAUAGUAACGAUCGUAGAGUGGGAGCGUUACCAUGGCAACGAGCGUGUAGAAGGGGACGUUACCAUGGUAACGAGCAUGUGGAGGGGGACGUUACCGUGGCAACGAGCGUGUGGGGGGAGCGUUACCAUGGCAAUGAGCGCGUGGGGGAGCGUUACCAUGGUAACGAGCGUGUAGAAGGGGCCGUUACCAUGGCAACGAGCAUGUGGAGGGGAAUGCCAUCAUAGCAACGGAAGCACAGAAGCAAGGGAAGUCUUACCAUAGUGACCGGUCGGAAGUGAGGUAAAAAGAAGGGGAAGACGGACAUAUAAAUGAAAGUUUUACUGUAACAAUUAAAAUU